AUGGACCGAAAGCGCGUCCCAUGCCCACGGGCAGAAGAGCUUGGAUGUGGCAAGACGUUUGCCUGGACAUCGAGUGCAAAUCAGCAUGCUAAGCAUGUACACGACAAAGUCAGACAUCCCUGCCCGCGCGCAAAGGACCUCAACUGUGACCGGACGUUUCCUUCUAAAGCGCAUGCAAAUGAGCAUGCUGAGCAGGUACACGACAAAGUCAGAUAUGCCUGCCCGCGCGCAAAGGACCUCAACUGUGACCAGACGUUUUCCUCGAAACAGAAUGCGAAGCAGCAUGCGAAGAGAGCUCAUGGUGAAAAGUUAACUCAGAAAGAAAUUCUCGACAAAGUCAGAUAUCCCUGCCCGCGCGCAAAGGACCUCAAUUGUGACCAGACGUUUACCUCGAAAGCGGGUGCAAAGCAGCAUGCUAAGAGAGCUCAUGGUGACAAGUCAACUAAGAAAGGAAUUCCUUGCCCAUGCGCAGAGGAAUUCAAUUGUAGCAAGACGUUUUCCUCUGAACCGAAUGCAAAGAGGCAUGCUAAGGAGGUGCACAAUCACAACGAAGCCAAAUGUCCCUGUCCCUUCGCAGAAAAGGAGCAAUGUACUUUGGAAUUUUCUUCCAAAUCCGCUGCCAAAAAGCACGCAAAGAGAGCUCAUGGUGAUACGUCAACUCGGGAAAACUUUCCUUGCCCACACGCAGAGAAAUUCGAUUGCGACCUGACGUUUUCGACACCAUCGAAUGCAAAACAACAUGCUGAGAAAAAACAUGGCAGAAUUGAGCCGGAUGAAACAUUUAUUGCGGCGUGGCCCGGGAUAUCAUCAAGUAUUCCCCUCAUGGACGAGUCCGGUGAAAAAAUACCUGGAUGA